UUUGAAGGCAUCGACGAGGUUGCCAUAAUUAUCACACUUCUCGUCGCACGAGCAACGAAAUGUUCAUAAGCACAUUCGACCAGAAGAAGAUGAAUUUGGCACGCGACAGAUUUGGCAGGCGUCGGUAAAAUAUUCGAUGCGCUAGGGGCCAAGUUGCAGGACACAGUGGAGGCCGUUCGACUUGAGCUGGAUCGGCGGCAGAUGCCAGAACCUUGACAUUGCUCGCUGCGGGAGAACGAGCGAGCGAGACGACAAGACUCGGGAUAAUCUGGGCUUCGAUCCAAUGAGGCCGGUCGUCGCGCUGGAAUUUCCCAACCAGUUUACCGCAUUCGAUUAGGCGUUAAAACAGGCGGACGGCGAUGGCGUGAGUUCGACGGUGUGCACUUUAGAGUUGGUUCGGAUUCCGAGCUUUCGGUUCCGCAGGUUGACCUCUCUCUGGUUCUCUUGCUCUCUCUGCCAAUUCUGCAUGGUCUUGCUCGUGACGAGAUGGUGUGAGAGCGAGUGCUCAUGUCUCGUUGGAUUUGUAGAUGAGUUUUACGAUUCGGUGACCCAGAACCCUAGAUUUCAGUGGAGCACGGCCGGCCUCGGUUUGCGAAUUAGAGAUUGGCUGCUGUAAGAGAAUUGGCGAAGCGUGUGCUGCACGAGAUGGAGGAUUUGGACGAUCUUUUGGACAGUGCUCUGGAUGAUUUCAAGAAGGUCGAAAUCUCCAAGCCUUCGCCCAAGGCAAGUGGAAAGGAAAGUUUAUCAAAACAGAAGUCAGCAGUACGAGACAGUGACGGGUCUGGACCUUCUGUUUCAGAUGGAAGUACGGGAGCAAACCUAGGACAAGGGUUAGGGCUUGGAUUGCCAGCAUUGACACCGGGCAAGAAGAAAUCCUCUGGAAAUAAAAUUGGUUCAUCGUCCCAAACUGGUGCAACAAGCUCAGGAACUUCGAAGCAAAGUAGCUGGACUCGUGACAAGUCGGCCCCUCAGAGACCCCUAUCAGCGACGCUGGACAUGCUUCAGCAGCAAACCCGGGAGACAAUGGGAAAUAUCGACGUUGCGGAUAAAGAUGAGCUUAUGGGAGAGGAGCUGGUGGAAAACCUGAUGAAGCAAUUUGAGGAUUUAGGUGGAUCUCAGGACAUGCAAUCUAUUAUGGAUACAAUGAUGCGCCAACUGCUAUCGAAAGAAGUACUGCAUGAACCUAUGAAAGAGAUAGGUGAGCGUUAUCCUGAAUGGCUGGCUGCGAACAAGUCUCAGCUGAGCCAAGAGGACUAUAGCCGCUACACGAGGCAGCAUCAGUUUAUCUUGCAGCUGUGUGAUGUGUACGAGGCCACACCCGAUGAUUUUCCGAAGAUCAUGGAGCUAAUGCAGAACAUGCAAAACUGUGGCCAGCCACCGAGUGAUAUCGUCAAGGAACUUGCUCCUGGCCUAGAUCUGGAUCAAGACGGACUGCCCAUGCUUCCGGACUUCGGAGCAGUCGGGGGUAGCGGUCAAACAAACUGCAGUAUUAUGUGACAGGGACCACGAGCUUUUCUACAAACAGCUGUGGAUAUUGUAUGCAAUCCCUCCCAUUGAUGCCGCUAGCAGCCAAGUAAAAGGCCAGAGACUAAUGUUUGUUGUAAGUCAGAUGUGCCUGUACUGUGCAAUUUGGAUGGUUUCUCACUCAGCAGGGGUUCAUGCUGGGGCGGAAGGAGUUGUAAUUCUGUUACUGUAUGUGGUUUAACCAAGUUGAACAUUUCACAGUAGGAACAUAUUCUGGCCACUUCAACAAACGUUUGCAGAAUAGUUGUCCAAGGUAGCUUAGAUACUACCUCGAUUGAUAGGCCCUCCGAGCCAACUGGGUUGAUAGAGACUAGAACCUAGAUUCAAGCAUGUAGAAAGUGAUUUGCUCUUCACAAGUGGAGCAUAUUGGGUUAUAAAUUGUAAUCGCGGAAUUUAGUUGUACCAUGAGAAAGGUGUUGAUGAAGUGGUGAACAUACCUCUCGUUGGUUCAGAUGAGAAAAGUCCUGAUAUGAGUUAUGUCCUGCUGUAGAGUGUGCACGGCGCAUGUACAUUUAUUCUGUGAAUUGGAAAGGUAUUUGUCA